AUGGUACCACUCCGGCCUCACCUCCACCAGAUCCUCCAGUUUCUAAAGGGCUCAGGAAACCUUACAGUAAUUGUUGGUGUUGGUGUGGGACUAGGAGCCGUCUUACUGGUGGGAAUCGUUGUAGGCACAAUCCUUUACAAAAGGAAAAAGAACAAGAAGAAUCCUCAACAUAAUAUCACCAACUCUCAAAAUAAUGAAGAAGGGAAUGAGUCACCUCCCCCUCCACCACCAGUAGAGAAGAUCGUUACAAUGGAGAGCUUGCAGUAUGAAUGGGAAACUCUGAAAGCCGCCACUAGGAAUUUCUCGGAUGAUCGGAAACUUGGUCAAGGUGGCUUUGGCAUCGUUUACAAGGGGACCUUAGGAAAUGGACAAGAAAUAGCUGUAAAAAGGCUAUCAAAAGGCUCUGGCCAAGGUGAUAAAGAAUUCAAGAAUGAGGCAGUAUUAGUAGCCAAACUUCAACACAGAAAUUUAGUGAAGUUGGAAGGGUUUUGCUUGACAAAAGAAGAAAAGUUACUUGUGUAUGAGUUUGUGCCCAACAAAAGUCUUGACUGCUUUCUAUUUGAUCUAGAAAAGCGAAAACAACUGAAUUGGACAAAGCGUUUUGACAUCAUUAAAGGUGUUGCUCGAGGAAUGAUGUACUUACAUGAAGACUCUCCCAUUCGAAUUAUUCAUCGUGACCUUAAAGCAGCCAAUGUUUUGUUAGACUCUGUAAUGAAUCCUAAGAUUGCAGAUUUUGGCAUGGCAAGGAUCUUUGAUGAACAAACCUAUUGCCAUACAAGUAGAGUUGCUGGGACUUAUGGUUAUAUGGCUCCAGAGUACUUAAUUCACGGACAUUUCAAUGUGAAAUCAGAUGUAUAUAGUUUUGGUGUACUUGUUUUUGAGAUCAUGAGCGGAAGAAAAAUAAGUGCUAUGACUAAUCAAUCCGGUGUGAUUGAAAACCUUCUAAGCUAUGGAUGGAGAUGUUGGAAGGAAGGAAGAUCAAAAGAUUUCAUAGAUUCAACACUUAAAGAAACAUAUUCAAAAGGAGAAAUCACAAAGUGCAUACAUCUAGCCUUGUUAUGUGUCCAAGAAGACAUGAAAGAAAGACCUUCUAUGUCAACAAUAGUCCUGAUGCUCAACUCUAACUUUGGUGUUGGUGCAUUGUCAAUGCCUGCGCCACCAGCUUUCAUGUACAUUGGAAAUAAUCAACAAUCAACAGCCAUUAGCACUAACACUGCUUCUAUGAUGUGGUCUAGUGGAACAUCAAUCAAUGACUAAACAUUUUUCAGGGUUCAAUUCUCAUA